AGGUGUCAUUUUACAUUUUUGUCAUUUUUGUUAUAAUAGCGGAUCCUUUUUUGGGACUACACCCAAGCUUGGACAUUUAAUGGCUGGAUAUAAUUUGACAGAAGUGAGAAAACGUGUGUUAGUUUGUGCGGACAGGCCUUUUUAAAGACGCCAAUUAAUGCGCAGAUUAGCCCGGUGAAGCUAACGGGAGCUAACGGCACCACCUCCGAACGGUAACGACAACUGAACCGAACUGAAACCUGUUAUUUGGUUUGAAAAUACGCUAAAAUGGCAAAACAACAGGUAACAAGCGUUUAAACGCGUUAUUAUUAUUUUUUUGAGUCGUCGGCGUUGUUUUUUUAUGUGUAUGUAUGUUUAGCUAGCUAACGUUAGCAAACCGUAACGACCCAGUUUAAGAAUGACGUCAGAUUUAGCCGCUACAGACGUCACACCGUUCAGGGAAAUCACCCCGUGUUUUUUUCAGACUCUAUGGCCAGUCUACCCCAUCUCUUUACCCUACGGGGUGGCGGUCUCCAGGCCGCCCUACGCGGGGAGUGAGUAUGCUGGCGUGGUGGUGCCUUCGUGGGUCACACCCAGGUUUUACGACCGAGUGUUAGAAGAGCAAAAAGAGAAGCGGAUCUUUUUUCUGGACAUUUCAUUAUUUGAAUUGGUGGAUGCCCAUAAAUACCUGUCCCUGACUGACCCCAAGCUGCUGGGUUGGUACCUGUCUUUGGGUCCAGACGACAGAAAGAUCAUACAAGAUGAAGGAGGGUUCAACCAGUUCCUGCAGAGACACCCAGCCUUAGAACUGUCCCAACAUCAUGUUUAUGUGAAGUGCUCUGCCAUGUACGCCAGUAACGUGAGCCAGACUUUGACCCGGCUCGGCCGCAGCAACAGCACAGACGGAUCCCAAAAUCAUCCAUGUGAGGAAAUCUGCCGAACCAAACACCAGGUCCACCUGCAGGCCUGCAGCCGGCCCGGCACACAGGAGCCAGACCACCCCAAAGAACUCACAGGUUUGCCACCGUCCGCUCUGAACGGGAGAAGACAGCCAGUGUCCAGCAGCAGCGCAGCAGGUUGCAGAGAUCCAGCUGGUCUGGCAAACUUGUCUCUGGAACUGGAUCUGGAGAGAUACAGACGGGGAGGAGAGCCUGAGCUCAGGAAACAGCGUGCAGCGACACACAGCCACAGUGCUGAUGGCACAUAUUCUGAAGGCAGUCCAUCACAGUCAGAAUGGGAAUCUAUUGAGAAAGACUUGUCUCCAGAUUACUUCAGCUUCGACGGAGACAAAGAGUACAGCGACCGCAGCAUCGUCCAGACUGCCGCGUCACAGCAGGUCGCCUCUCUUCUGGAGGAAAAGCCCACAAAGGAAGGGUGUCAGGACCCCACGGUCAGCUCUGUGGACGAGGACGGAGAUCACUUCCACAGCAUCAUGGAGGACGAUGACGGCAUCCUCGUCUGUCUGACCAGUGAUGAUGUGAAAACGUGUCACUCAGGAGUUUCCUCACAUCCAGUCACCUCUGACCCUGGAGCUCCAGCAGCCGGCAGCGAGACCUUAAAGUGCGUGAUGAAGAGGAGCACGGCAGAAAGGUCCACCUCUCCUAUCAGAGCCGUUACUGGCUGUGAGGUCGGGGUCGGCACUGAGCCGCCACCGCUCCUGUCAGCAGUCACACAAACUGAAGAUCCUCCAACAGCCGACAAGCACGUCAUCACUGAGGUCCACAUGGCAGACCUGGACUAUCUCACUGUGGAAUUCAUGAAACUCAAGCUGGCUCAAGAACAGCUGAGAGAGCAGAAAGAGAAAAGGUUGGGUUGUAAACUGAGGAAGGAGUGUGAGUGUUUGCAGCGUGCUCAGCAGGCAGAGCUGAGCCUGCUAGCCCUGCAGUACAGCAUGUGCAGACAGCACUGCUGGAAGCUCUACUGCACGUCUGCUGAGGGAGGACAGCUCCACCACAUGAUAAAGAACCCUCCUGCAAACAUCGUAAGACUUCUGCAGAAACUGGACGAUGACUUUAAUCAGAUGAGGGAUCAGAUUGUGGCCGGCGUCCCGCUGGAGCGACUCAAACCUCUGAGUGUUGACUAUGAGGAGAGAACCACAGGAGAACGCUACAUCCCUGCACAGAUCGUUGGUGGCGUGCUGGGAAAUGUUCCAUCUUGCGUCCAGGAGACACAGAAACAACCAUCAGGAGGAGAAAAUGGAAAUCCUGAUGAUGAAAGCACAAGUGACAGCGAGCUCAGUCAGAGAAGAGAGAAACCGAUCAAGACGGAGGAGAGCCGAGUACGGAGAGCUGCCACUCUGGUCCCCCAGGACAGAGACAAGCAGGAGAAAACAGCUGUUUGCAAAGAGCUGAGCACAUGUGAGGCGUGGUAUGAUGCUGAAGAGGAGCUGCAGCCUGCAGCAGCUGAGACGAGAGAGACAGGGAAUGCAAAAGAUAAAAACAACAACACAGAAUCGGUGAGCGAGGAGGUGAGCAGCUCCGUGCUCUGGGUGUCCAACCUGCCCGGUCAUGUCAGGGAGAGUGAUGUGAUGCUGUGGUUUGAGAAAUACCAGCCCUCUAAGGUCAGCAUCGCCGCUCUAAAGAAUGAUCUGAGUGUUGCCAUAGUGAUAGUAAGUGGAGCCCAAUCUGCCGAGGCUGCAGCGAGAGCGCUGAAUGGCUGCAGCAUGCAGGGCCGUACUUUACAUGUGGAGCACAUCAACAGAGCCUCUGGUGGGAGCCGGAGCCAGGACCAGGACACCAGCACACCACAGACCUCCAGACCUGAAGCCAGCAGCUCAGAGCGGACGCCGGUCCCUCAGCCUCCUCUGGGCUCCGGCACCAGGAGCACCAGGAGCAGGAAGGUGGUGAGUAUCUCCCCCACGGCGAAGGGAACCUGCGUGCCGCAGCACUACGGCACCAUGGGCAGCUUCGACACGCUGAUGGCCGAGCUGACGCAGCGCCACCCGGAGGCCGGGAGGCAGAGGAUCGUGGACGCUCUGAUCCAGCUGAAGGCUGAACACCAGGGCGUCCUCAGCGGCCUGCCCCUCAGGACCAUCAGGGACAUGGCCUCCCAGCUCCUGACCCGCCCACAGGACGCCACCUAGACACAGACAUGAGGAGAUAUGAGGGCUUUAUGUUGGUUUGUUACCAGUGAUUUGUUUGAAUAUCACAACUCAAGAUUUUCUUUCGUAGAUCAAUGAAUCUGAAAGAAAUGAGAAAAAGAUGUUACAGUCUAUGAUAGUUUUUGUGUCCCAAGUAGCAUCUGAUUUUAUUUUUUAUAUUCAGAAGUUUAUACAUUUGAAGUUAAAGGCCGUUGAUGCCACUGAUUCUGUAGUUAUAUUAGUUUUUAAUGGUUUAUAAAGGUUUCUAACAUGCUGUUUCAGGUUGUUUACAGUUCUAUACGCAGCAGCUUUGUUUGUGUUUUAUGUCAAGUUUCAUUAAAGAGGAGACAUUUAAA